CCCUCUGAGGACUUCAUUUGCUGAGAGCAGUGGCUGUUGGUGCCGGUAGUACCGCUUGUCUGCCACUGCACGCAGGGAGCAGCUGCAGCAGCAAGGAGCCAACCGAAGCCUGGUCGUCCGGAAGGACUCGUGCUGCCACCUCGUCAGGCGCCUGCGGUGUCAGCCAUAGAACAUGGAGGGGCGGGAUCUUUAGGAGUCCCCGCACCUUGUUAUUGGAUGGAACAGCACAGUUGUGUAACAUACGCAAAAUUUUGGCCAUUGUCUGAAAUUGCGCAAAUGAAGAAUGUGGACGAUCUAGCGCAAGUAAGCAGAGAACAACAAGCUUCGUAGUCCGACUCCAUGAUAAGAGACACGAGGUGUUACGGCUGAAAGACUCCCAGUCCAGAGGAAAAAGGGGAUCUCCUGGUGGUUAUUUCUUACGGAAGACACGGAAAAGACGACACUGGAACGAAAGCUGAAAUAUAAUGUCUUCGAAGUCUGGUUAACGGUAUUGUUACAACAUAGACAAUGUAGUUGGCUGAUAAACCGAAACGGAAUUCUGUCUGGAAGCACGGGAGGAGCACACUACACCUACGGUGGAAAAAAAUCGAUGACUUUCAACAUUGAAAAGUAACACGCAUUUUCAUACCAGAUGUAACCCAUAUGAUCCUGGAUUGCUCUAGUCCGUGUACAUCCAAAACCAGGAUUAGGCAACAGAAGGCCCACACUCCAAUCCCUCGAGAGAAUGGCUCAUGGAUGGAAUUCGUAUUACCAGAAUCUCUCACCUUUAUCAUCAGAUGCAACAAUUUUGAGUAGUACCCCAGAGUCAGAGGGAAGUCACUCCCAACAUACAGAGAACUGCAUUGCACUCAAUGACUUUUGUGGUACAGCAACUUCCCAUGAAGCCCCUGAAACAAAUGCAAACUAUAACUCCGGUACAUCCAGUAUUGGAAAUUCAGGUUCAGACUGUGUUUAUGAAAAGUACUACGGGGAAAUGCCGUGGCAAACUGAUGGAGAUCAAACGAUAAAAGAUUACUUGCCAAAAUGUGGAAACAAUAUUUCUGAUUUUGCUACAGAUGGAUUAUCAUCAGCAGGAUCUUUUCCUUAUGCUGCGGAUUUAGAGGGACUUAAACAAGACUGUGGGAUGCUACCUACAUCCUUUCUUGAGGACUACUCGGAUGUCAGUAGCUGUUCAGAUGCAGAUGUUGGUGAAUCAAGGCCCUCAUGUAAGUUCAUGUCAAGUGCUUCAGUUGUAAAAUCUACAACUGGUGUUACUACAAAACAAGACUCAUCCAAAUGGGUUUUUACUUCUACUAGAGAUAUGGCUUUUUCAGCUGACAGCCUGCGCCCCAGUAUGUCCGGUGAAAUUGUGUCAGGUCUGACAGAUGAUGAGGCAAAAGAAAAUGAAACUGAACUUUCAAAAGACAUUGAAAAGAAGUUGGAAACUCCAGGACAUGAUGGGUUUUCUGCCUCUGAUACAGUUACAAACACGAGUAGUGAGACUGUAGAAGGUGUUGAUGAUUAUCAACACUGGGAACAAAUGGAGGUAGAGCAGAAACAACAUACACAAGGAAAAGACUCUGAUCUUUCAUUAAGCACCAGUGAAAACUUGACUGAUGACAAACUAGUGAAAAUCUCAAGUAAAAAUGAGCAGAUCACAAAAGACGUUGAAAAGAAGUUGGAAAGUCCAGGACAUGAUGGGUUUUCUGCCUCUGAUACAGUUACAAACAUGGGUAGUGAGACUGUAGAGGGUGUUGAUGAUUAUCAACACUGGGAACAAAUGGAGCUGGAGCAGAAACAACAUACACAAGGAAAAGACUCUGAUCUUUCAUUAAGCACCAGUGAAAACUUGACUGAUGACAUACUAGAGAAAACCUCAAGUAAAAAUGAGCAGACCACUCUGACUGCUUCAAGUGUGUUUAACAAUGAACAAGAUGAUGUAGACACAAAGGAUGGAAGUGAAGACUUAAAAAGAGGAGAAUCAAAUGCAUUAGACACUGAGACCUUUGACGAACAGGAAAUUCUUACAACAGAUAAUGAAGAUAAAAAUACAAAAACAGAAUGCCAAGAUGCCUCUCAGUCUUCAGAUUCACCGGGCAUUUCAACUUCCCAAGUUGCAAUUUAUGAAUUGGCAAAAGAUAGUUGUCAGUUGGCUGAGAAUCAACCUUUCAAAACUAUACCUCCGGAUAAUGUAUGCAGUAGCCCUGUAAUCAGUGAUGAUUACAUUGGUGAUACUAAUGAUAAGAAUGAGCAGUGCACUCUUGAUGAUUCAAAAUCUAUCCAGGCAAAUGAUGGAAGUCCCCAUCAAGAAAAAGAAUUGUCAAAAACAGCAGAAAAGACAAAUACCACAUCUUCUUCAGAUCUAGGCUGUGGUCGCCCUUCCAGUACAAGUGACUCUAUUGUUACAGGCAACAAUAAUCAUCAAAGUGAGAGCUCAACCAGAGGCUUAGACCCCUGUCUAGAAAAAGAAUGGUCUCGUCCAGGAGAAAAAAUAAGUACCACUUCAGAUUGCUAUUCAGAUAGUGGUUUAGCUGGGACUGAUGGCAGCAUUUUCAUUGAAACUAAACACAACAAGGAGAGUACUGGUAAUCAUUCAGAGACCUGCUUGAAGCCAGAGAGUCCAUUCAUAGAAGUACCUUCCUGUCCUGAAAAGGAAUCAGCAAGUCUAGCAGGGAAUAAGCAGGUGACAAAUGCUACACCCUCCACAGAUCUAGAUUUGAGUAGUCCUGCUGGGGCUGGUGACAGUUUUUCUGUUGAUGCAAAUAAAUCGAAUGAGCAGAGUAUUUCACAUAAUUUAGCAUCCUGCUCACCGCUAGAUAGUGUGCAUAUAGACAAAUACCCUUGUCUUCAAAAGGAAGCUGAGAAUUCCCCUUCUCUAGAUCAAUCAUUACAUCAGAGUCCAGAAAAGACAACCUCCUCUCCAGAUCAACAGUCAUUGCAUCAAAGUGCCAUGAUCGUCAAACUAGAAAAUUGUAGUGGAAAUGUUGAUGACGAUGCAGGGGAGUCAUUUGAAGAGAUUGACACAGCUUCAAAUAAAGAGUCUGGGCUCGAUGUUCUGUAUAGUAAACCUCUGUCAGAUGAUGACUCUUCAUCUGAGAUGAAUGAAACAAUACUUGACCAGACCACAUUUAACUGCGAUGGCAUUAAACAUUCUGAAGGACAUGGAGCCCACCUUAAGUCCUCUAUGCAACUGCUAAAGCAAUUUCAUCCUGUUGUCAUAUUGAAAACAUCCCAGCCAGCAAAUGAAGUGAGUCAGUCUUAUUGUUGUGCAGAUUGCCAACACACUACACAAAAUGUAGAUGAUGUGAUUGAGCACCACCAUUCUCACCAUUCAGUGCACAGUUUUCAAUUUUGCAAGACUUGUAAUGUGUACUUGAUGAAUGAGGGAGCAGAAAAACAUUUGUGUGGUGUAACCGAUGAAGGUCUUCAGCUCUCUUCUGAUAGAGUACAGAUGAAAGGAAAACGCCUUGGCCGUCAUCGUUGUGUCAAGUGUAAUCUCAUAUUUUCAAAAUUACUGCAUUAUGUUAAGCAUAUGCGCACUCACACUGGCAAAACACCAUAUAGGUGUGGUGGAUGUGGAGAGUAUUUUUCACAAAAUGGUUGCCUGACACGACACAAGCGCAUACCUGGUCGAUGUAAAGGCCAAACACAGAAAGAUGAGAAUUCUGAUCCUGUUAUCAGUGACAUUAAAACACCAGAGACAGACCCUGCUCCAAUGACUUUGGCUGAAUGUUAUGUAAAGCUUAAUGACAUCUCCAAAACUCAUCUAUGUAGCAUUUGUGGAAAAUGCUUCUUGACUGCCAAGCAAGCUAAAAAGCAUUCAUACAAGCACAAGAUUUUGGCUUUUUCCCCAAAGCAACCCAUUGCAACUGAAGAGAAAACGCUAAAAGUAGAACAUAAAGCAAAGGAGAAAUAUCAAUGUCCCCUCUGCCCUCGGCUUUUCAAGUACUCCUACAACAGGUGUCGACAUUUGCGUGACUGUGUCAGAGAGGCAACAUAUGGGGGCAAGAAUAAAGUUGCCGGCAAAUAUCAGUGUCCUUUGUGCCGUGCUACCUUCACUGUGCCAUCCAACAGAUACAGACAUAUUAAAAAUAUUUGCCUCAAACAAUAUAUAGGUCAGCUUGCAAAAGGGAGGAUAGAAUCAACUCAAAAGGGUGAACAGGCAAAUGCAAUGAUAAAAAGGCCUAAAAAAGAAUCAUCUAAUGAACAGAAAACAAAGUCAAAGGUAAAUGAUCCAAAUAACCAAGCCCCUGUAACCUUAAAAGCCCGUCACUCUGUGUCACGGUACAAAUGCAGUGUCUGUCCAGCAGUCUUCUGUCAUCCGUCUGGUAAAUACAGACAUAUGAAGAAACAUAAAAUGUUUGAACUCACUGGCAAAAUGGUCAAGUACAGGAAUUCAGUUUUUUCCAUCAGGCCCCCACCAACAAAUUUGAACAAAUGUACAGAGGUCGAAGAGAGUAAAGAUAACAUAACUGAAGAAAAACAGAGUACAUCCUUUAGUUGUCACUUCUGCGGAAAAGAUUUUUGCACAUCAGAGUCAUUGAAGAAACACGAGUACAGUCACCGAGGGGAAAAACCAUACAAAUGUCUGGAAUGUGGAAAAGGAUUCAAAAGACAUUCAUAUCUGAUGAGUCAUAAAAUCACCCACCAAAGGAGGAUUCAGUGCACUGUUUGCAGAAAGAUUCUUCCAACUGUUGGAGAACUACUUCAGCACAGACGGUCUCAUACCAAAAGAGGAAUGCUUCAAUGCCCAGACUGUCCACAGCAGUUCCAGUAUCCUGUAUAUCUCCUUAGACAUUUGGCCACCCACAAAAAUAAAGAGGACCCACCUCAGCCUGAGGAAAGUUCUCCUGUAAAUCCCCAAAACACCUUGGAUUCCGAGGAAGAACAUGGUGAAUCGAAGCAGUUGCAGUGCUCAUUGUGCAAAGAGGUUUUUGAUGAUCCCCAUAUACUAAGAAAACAUUGUCUUACACACAUAUCUGGGUCCUCUCGAUGCCAGUGUCCAUUUUGCAAUCAAAACUUCAAUAGUCGUCGCUAUUUGCUGCGCCACAUGUUAAUACAUACUGGAGACAAAUCCUAUUCCUGCACCAACUGUGGAAAACAGUUUUACCGUGAUUUGUACCUGAGACUACAUCGUGAAAAAUGUAUGCCUACUCGAACCACAAAUCUUGCCACUGCGCCACAAUUAGUCCACUGUGGCGAGAAGACUAAAAAGAGGCCAUACCUGUGUACCAUUUGUCCACGGUCAUUUUGUAAGAAAAUCCGUCUUAAAAAUCAUCUUAUCGCCCACAAGAAGAAUUCCCUACUACUAUGCACAAAAUGUGGGCAGUACUUUGGAAGUCAAAAACUAGGUCAGCAUCAAAAGAACUGUGUACAGACAUCAGACAACACUGUUUCAUCAUCAGCUGUUGGUGAAGUUAGAGCAAGACCCUCACAGACAAGGCUCAUUGUCCACAAAAGGCCUUUACAGCCAAACUCAACAAAGAUGCUUAACUUUAAAUGCACACACUGUUCACAGAAGUUCAGGUUCAAAUCAAUAUACCUGAGACAUCUUGUUUCUCACACUGGGUUGCAACCAUACCCAUGUAUGCACUGUGGACACAGAUAUCCCAGUAAGUCAACGUGUUUGCAGCAUGAAGCUUUUUGUGAUGGAGUUAACAAAGAGGAGUUAUCAAAAGAAAAAAGGGAUGCAGCAACAAUAUUGCCCAGUAUGCCCACACUUGAAAAGGUGUCACAGGUGUCCCGAGGUGUAGGUGAAACGGAGUACAAGUGCAAAUUCUGUACUAAAACUUUCGUCAAACCACGAAGCCUGAGACGUCACAUUUUGACACAUAAUGAAGUGAAGCCUUAUCGUUGUAAAGCUUGUGACAGCUGCUUUUCAAGGUACGAUCAUCUGAAAGUACAUCAGAACCAUUGUAAAGGGAAAAGGCAGCGACUGGAAGUUUGUAUCCCAAAAAUUAGUUUUGAUGAUGUUGGCACAGGUUGGCAAAGUAAGUUUGGCAGUGAUCCUGUUGCAAGGCAGCAGUCAUUUGACUGCAAAGAGUGUGGAAGGAGCUUUCCAAGUGAUUCUAAACUUAACAGACAUAAUACCAUGUUCCAUACUGUGAAAUUAUUUAAAUGUGUACGAUGUGGCAUGUCUUUUGCUCAUGAAAAAUCUCUUAAAAGGCACAAAAAGAUAAUACAAUGCAAAAGGGUCGCCAAUGUCACAAAUGAAAUCACUCCACAAAGAGAAACGGUGGCAAAUACAAUUCAUGAGAAUGGAAGUAACAUUUUACAGAGGAUCCAGCCUAGUUUUAAUAAAAAGUACAAAUAUGUCUGUAGCUUUUGCCCCCGCAAUUUUAAAAACUCAUGGCAAUUAAAAGUCCAUAUCCGCCUGCACACAGGAGAAAAGCCAUAUGCCUGCAAUUACUGUGGUGAGAAAUUUAUAAGGAACGAUUACGUACAGCGUCACCUUGCUAAGUGCACCAAGGUAGGACAGCAAAAUACAGUGCUUUGUGACAAAUGUGGAGGAUUUUUUCCUAAAGCCAUUCUUGCAGAUCACAAAAAAAAUUGCACUUUAAAAGCAAGCCCCUCGAAGCCAACUGUCUCCCAAACCCAGCUGUCGUCCUCCAAAAGUCCACCAAAUGGCUUUUCAUGUGCAUACUGUACAUCACAUUUUUUGCUGUUUUCACAGCUUCAGGAGCAUUUUUUGAAUGCCCAUAGGCCAGAAACAGUGGUUGAACCAGUAUCUAGUGUCCCUCUACAGGAUCAUUUGUCAAAUAUCCCAAACAUUAAAGAAGAGCCAGUGGAUGACACCUAUGAUGAUCGCUUCAGUGAUGGAGCUAAUUUAACCUGUAAGCUUACUCUUGAUGGGGAGAGUCCAAAAUUAUUUUCCUGCCAAGAAUGCAACAUGUCAUUUGCAAGUAAGGCUGGACUAGUGGGUCAUCAGCGUGUUCAUACAAGCAAACCCCCUUUUAUCUGCAAGACCUGCAAGAGAGGCUUCUGGAACAAAUUUUUGCUCCGUAAUCACUAUAGGAAAUGUAGAAGAAAGGCAUCAGAGCCAAAAGCUACCGAGCCAGAGGAAAGCCCUCUAAAAGCAAAGAUUGACUUUGCACUAAAUGACUCAGUUGACACUGAAGUAUUGCAAGCUGACUUAUCCUCUGCUGAUGACUCUGCAGAAGAACAUUUAGAGACCCCAGAAGAAAAUGAAGUGCAAAACAGCUCAUGUGAAGAGAAAAAAACUGUGCAGUAUCAAUGUUCAGAAUGUGAAAUGAGUUUCACAGAUGGCUUAUUGCUCAUUAGUCACCUUGAAGAUCAUGGAAGGGAAGAAGAGGCAAAAAGGCGAAAUACAUGUCCAAAGUGUGGCCGAGUGUGCAGCAGUCAAUUAAAACUUGAAAAACACAUGAAGUUGCAUGGGAUUGAUAAAAAAAUCCCUUGUCCUGACUGCUCAAGCAUGUUUUUCACCAAGGCUGAGCUUGAAAUCCACAGAACAUGUCAUGACCCAAACAGACCUUAUGCUUGCAAACUGUGCAAUCAGAGGUUUUGGACAAGACCAUCUUUAUGUAAUCAUUACGGUGAAGAACAUCCAAAGGACAUUUUUACUUGUCGUUUUUGUAAGAAGAUCUAUACAGUCAAAAAAUCACUGUCAAGACAUUAUAAAAAAUGGCAUCUAAAAGAGCAGAAGGAUCUUGAAUAUGCUGUUCAAGAAAAGAGCAAUCCUGCUAAACAGUCAACUCAAGCCAGUACAAAUGAUGAGGAUAAUAAAAAGAAGGAUAAUGUCAAUGAGGAUAGUGACUCUGACUCUGCUCCAUACUUUCCUUGCCAUGUUUGCGGCAAAACAUUCCCAACAUCAGAAAGUCUUGAAGAUCAUCAGAGAUGCCACCUUGGAGAAAAACCACAUGAGUGUGCAGAAUGUGGAAAAUGUUUUUACCAGGCAUCCCAGCUACAGCAACACGAGCGCACGCAUCAGUCCGAAUAUCAGUGUCAAGCAUGUGGUAGAGGAUUUGUUUCUCUUUUUGCACUGCGUAAGCAUAAACAUACACAUGGGAAGAGCCGUCCGUAUCGUUGUUCUAAGUGUAACCUCAGUUUCACAGGACCCUCAGCAUUAGCAGAACACAUGUCUACCCACAGUGAGGAGAACUUUCCAUGUGACAUGUGCGAUCAUGUUUUUCACUCCAAGAGUAGUAGAGCAGAGCAUCGGAAGAAUCACUCUCAACCCAAGUCAGGUGACAGUACCCAACCUGAAGACCGUGAGAAGUCUGCUCCAUUUUCUGAAAGCUCAGUAGCAGUCUUGAAAGAAUUUAAAUAUCGCUGUGGUGUCUGUUACAACCGUUUCAGAGAUCCUGAAGAGCUUUCAGAGCAUGGCUGUAUGGCAGACAAAGAACGACCAUACUCAUGCUCAGAUUGCAAUAAAUAUUUUUUGCAUGCCUCUCAUCUAAAAAAACACAGGAAUACCCACCAUCAGACAUGGUCCCGCAGUGAAUAUCAAUGCAAUCACUGCAACAGCAGUUUUUCUUCUUCUCAGCAUUUCCUCAGCCACCUAAAGGACCUUAAUGUUGAAGCAGCAGCCAACACUAAACAUAACACUGAAGAUGAAAUUUUUAUCUGUCCUGUUUGUCAUCAGUGUUUUGCAAGUGUUGCUGAAUUAAUAUAUCAUUUCCCCAUGCAUCCUGAUGACACAUUUGAAUGCAAACUUUGCCAAAUGACAUUUUCCUCUAAAAGGUCACUUAAAGACCAUGAACGCUGUCAUCUUACAGCAGCUACUGAAUUUGAAUGUGCGGAGUGCAAUCAGAGAUUUUUAGGAAGUGAUGCCUUUCGCCAGCACAACUGUUGCCGCCAUCGUGUAGUUACAAAAACUGACCAAAUUCAAUCAAAUUCAUCAUGCAAAGCUUACUCUGCAAAUGAUCAUCCAUUGUUUGGAGAUGAGGAAGAGGUUGAUGUUACUGGAGAGGAAUUGUAUAUUUGUCCCCAUUGCUCAAUGGAGUUCUAUUCUAAAAGUAGUCUCUUAGAACAUCAAAACAAACAACAUCCAGAUGAGAAACCCUUUAAAUGUGAGGAUUGUGGGAAAACAUUUGCUCUUAAAAAGUACCUAAAUGAGCACAUGCGUAGACAUCGUCAAAAAUGGGCUUCCCAGGCCACAUCCCAGUUUGUCCAAAACCAAUUUAAUUGUACCCAUUGCCGCACUAAAUUUGACACAGCACAGGACCUGUCUAUUCAUAUGAGACUACAUGCUGAAAAAGAAGGUGGAGACUAUCGAUGCGAUAUGUGCUAUAAGUCCUUCCGUCAGUUGUCUCUACUUAAACUCCACCAAGAGAGUCAUGUCGGUCAAGUAGUAUAUGAGUGCACAGAAUGUGAAAAGGCCUUUGCUUUUCCUCAUCUACUGGAGGAACAUCAGCAAACUCAUGCUGGGUCAUCUGCAUAGUGAUUGUAUGAAACAAUCCAUUUUGUUUUUCUUUAUUCCUAUGGAUUAUUCAAACUAAUGGAGUAUAUUAGUUUCCUGCUAUGCCUUAUACCUAACUGUACCUCAACUUGUAAUCCACUUUGGUCACUCAAUUUCUGUUUUUGACCCUUGUCAAAGACUUAUGUUUGUCUGUCAGACAGCAUUCUUCUUCAGUUUAUGAUGACUUGUAUAUAUUUUUAGUUCUAGAGCUGAAUUUUGUAAACAGUAAAAUAGGGAAAUAUUGUCUUUGUUCAAAUUCUCGAAAUUGUAUAAAACUGUAAACUAACAUGACAAAUGCAGACAGAGCAUGGUGGGAUACAAUGUUGAAAUGUCAUAGAGGAAUUGUAUUUUUUUUUUUUAAAUUCAUGAUGAUUUUUUAUGUUUAUUUUAUUUUAUUUUUACAGUUUUUAGUACAGUUAUGUUGAUAAUUGUCUUUACACAAAUUGUCCCAGUAUGUAUUUUCUAUGCUAUGAGUGUUAUUGUACUGUAGAUAAAUUUGGUAUUUUCAUUUGACAUGUUUGUUAGGGCCUGCAUAUUUUUUGAUAUCAAACUACCUUGUAGAGAUGUUGAACUUGUAUAUUAUUUCCACAACCCAAGGGUGUUACAUUUCUUACAAAAGUUCAUUUGAUCUGUCAAAUACUGAGUAAAUACUACUGUAAAAUCUG